UUCCAUACCGUACCGAGGCAUCGAAAGAAGAUCGAACGAUCGAGCGUAGACAGCUUAAUACAGCCGUGUGUCUGCUCGUCGUCUCUCCUACCCUCCCAUGCCUUCUUUCGACUGAGAAGAGUCAGAUGCGUUUCUGAGUAGCAAUGAAGCCGGAAGACAAGAAAUCGCUCAACGACAAUCACACCAAGAGCCUCUACAAUCAAUGCAAAAUUAACGAAGAGGCUUCGAAAGAACUAACGAACUCGAACAAUGCUUCCAAAUUAGAACCACACUCGAAAACAACCAACCUGAAAUCCAACCCGACCGCAUCUUCGACAAACCAGAUCUCCAACAGCUCCCCACCACCUCCAGACAACAGCAGAACCACCAGCGAGAAAGUCAACACACAGGUAUCCAGUACCACCAAUGCUGAACCGCCCACACAGCAACUUGAGGAAAACGUGAUUGAGGAUACCCCAACUGAAAACACAAGAAAUGGAUCAGAAAUACCACCCGAGGAACAAAGCCUAGUGAUGGUUGACAGACGGUCGAGUGCCCAGUGGUCUGUUGUGUCUGGAAUGAUAAUGUCGAAUCCGUCGAAGUUUCUGCCUCAAAUCGAUCACGUUCGAGGUGGGAAUAGAGUCUUUGAGCACGUAAAGAGGGCAACAAAGGCAAUUUUCAAGCACAAAUCGCGAGCUCCGUCUCACGCCCGUUCAAACCAACGCUCACCCCAAACUCCGUUGCCACUUCAGCCCGUUGAUUCAGUCCACACGUCACCUUAUUUCACCAGCGUUCUUCACCAGCAGUCCGUUUACAAACAGAACUCCAUGAUACAAUCAGUUUCUUUGCUACCUAAAGUCGAUGUCAGGAGCCAGUACGGUGGAAUGAUGGUGCCAGUGACUGGUGGUGACAAA